CCGGCAGCAACGGCACCUUCGGCUCCUCCUGCAGCGGUGCCUGCCUGGCCGCGGCUCAGCUCGGCUGCUGCCCGCCCGGCGCCCCUCGGACCCUCCUGCCCCAGCUCCGCGAUCGCCAGCCUCGCCAGCCUACCUCGACCCGCGGCGCCAUGACCACCACCACCACCUUCAAGGGCGUGGACCCCAACAGCAGGAACAGCUCCCGGGUCCUGCGGCCUCCGGGCGGUGGCUCCAACUUUUCUCUCGGCUUCGAUGAGCCCACGGAACAGCCAGCCAGGAGGAACAAGAUGGCGUCCAGCAUCUUUGGGACCCCGGAGGAGAACCCCCCUUCCUGGGCCAAGUCAGCAGGUGCCAAGUCCAGCGAGGGCAGGGAAGAAGCCGAGUCCUCGGGGUCCCACACCCGGAGCGUGUCCGAAGCAAGUACUGGAGACUUACUGGAGCUGAAGGGAGAAGGUGAAGUUCAUGAAAACAUGGAUGCAGAUUUGCAGGCCAGCCUGGGGCAGAUUGAAGAGAAGCCGGUGCCUGCUGCCCCUGUGCCCAGCCCCGUGGCACCCGCCCCAGUACCAUCUCGAAGAAACCCACCUGGUGGCAAGUCCAGCCUUGUCUUGGGUUAGCUCGACCGGCCCGGGCCCGUCGGUGUGCGUGUCUGUCUUUCUGUCUGUCUGCUCCACGCUCAUGAACUGCACAACCUCAAUCUAACGACAUCUUUCGGAUUUGUUUCAUUAAAAAAAAAGAAGCACUUUAUGUCCUGCUGUCUUUUUUUGUUUAUUUUUGUUGUUUUGUUUUUCCUCUAUAAAACAGGUUUUCUUUUUUUUCCUGUCCUGUCAGCUUUGGUUAGCAUGAAAGUUAACCUAAUCCUAGACCGAGGGCAGUCUUUGUAAGAACCACUAAUAUGGUCCCCCACGUGAUCAAGGACCUAUUUUUUUUGUCCUGGCCUUUUUAAUUUUUUUUGCAAGACCUUUUUUUCUCAUCAGCUUGACUUGGGACUCCCAAGCCUUAACCGGACAGAUCAGAACAACCGUCCACAGACACCCAGCAUGAGGCUGGUUUUCUUCCCCCUCACCCUUCGCCAUGGCAUUGCCCUCACCCGUCUGUGUCUUGGGCUUAAAGAAUCUUCCUGUGCCAUAUGGAUGGAUCCACAGAGGCCGCCGCCUCUCUCACCUGCCAAGCAAAAGCAUCUGCCUUCUUUAUUUGGGAACCUUAAAAAACCAAGCUGGAUCCUUUCUUUACUGGUGAACAGAGCCGCUGCACACCCUCCAAAAAAAGACUUUGGUGUGGUCCCAAACUCAUCGAUCUCAAAUAGGGGUGCAAGCCAGGGCUCCCCUGCAGCCCCGGGGCAGUGAGCACCCUCCCUCUUGGAGUGAAAGUUGUAUCCAUGAGGCAGGCCUGAGCCCCAACCCUCUGAUACAUGUUGUUUUUUCACAAUCUUGGGCUGUUGCUUCAAGUAAAGAAGUACAGGUUUUGA